AUGACCACAAAUCCGCUGCUCACAGACUGGACCACCCCGUUUGAGCUACCGCCAUUCGACAAUAUCAAGCCGGAACACUUUGAAGAGGCCUUCGAGACGGCGAUGGCUGAAGCAAAAGCGGAAAGCGAUGAAAUCGCGGAACAGUCGGAUCGACCAGACUUCGGGAAUACGAUUGCCGCACUUGAAAAAUCAGGUGAACGGCUGACGAAGGUGGCCCGUACCUUUUUCAACCUCACGAGUGCGGACACGAACGAGACGCUUCAACAGAUCGAGCGCGACAUUGCACCAAAGCUUGCCAGGCAUUCGUCCGACAUGCUUUUGAACGAAAAGCUCUUUGAGCGUAUCGCCGAACUCUGGAACCAACGGGAAACGCUCGGCCUGAACACCGAGGACGCGAAGGUUCUGGAACGCUAUCACAUGAUGUUCCAGCGCGCCGGUGCCGGUCUCGACGAAAACGGGAAAUCCCGUAUCGCCGAGAUUUCGCAACGCCUAGCAACACUCGGCACACAGUUUUCCCAAAACAUCCUGAGAGAUGAGUCGGACUAUCAGCUGGUUCUUGAGACGGAAGAAGACCGUGCGGGUCUUCCAGACUUUCUGUUGACGGCUGCGGCAGAGGCGGCACGUGAACGCGGGCAUGACGGCAAACACGUCAUCACGCUUUCUCGAUCCAGUAUCGAACCCUUCCUGCAGUUUUCAACCAACAGGAGACUGCGCGAAGAGGCUUUCAAUGCAUGGAGCGCACGAGGAGAACUUGAAGGAGAAACAAACAACGCUAAGAUCAUCACCGAAACGCUCGCGCUUCGAUCUGAGAAGGCAAAACUGCUUGGUUUUGAAAAUUUUGCUGCGUUCAAGCUCGACGACACGAUGGCCAAAACGCCCGACAAUGUACGCGACCUGUUGACAAAAGUUUGGGAACCGGCUGCCGCACAGGCGCGCGCUGAAGAACAGAAGCUUUCGAAAAUGGCGGCGAAUGAUGGCGAGAAUCACACGAUUGAAGCAUGGGACUGGCGUUUUUAUUCCGAGAAGGUGCGCAAAGAAGAACACGACCUCGAUGAAACAGAGCUGAAACCCUAUCUGCAACUCGACAGCAUGAUACAGGCAGCCUUCGACACCGCGACACGGCUGUUUGGGGUUACAUUCAGGGAACUCGACGACAUUCCGGUUUAUCAUCCCGACGUCCGGGUCUUUGAAGUUCUGGACCCGUCCGGACAACAUGUCGGUCUGUUUUUGGGUGACUAUUUCGCCAGGCCUUCGAAACGUUCGGGUGCCUGGAUGUCCGGCUUCCGGUCACAACACAAGCUGAACGGUAACGUUGCGCCGAUCAUCGUCAACGUAAUGAAUUUUUCCAAGGGCGCUCCUGGAGAAGCCACUUUGCUCACAUUCGAUGACGCCCGAACGCUCUUCCACGAGUUCGGCCAUGGUUUGCACGGACUGCUUUCAGACGUGACCUACCCGAUGAUAUCUGGAACGAGUGUUGCCCGCGAUUUCGUCGAGUUGCCGUCACAACUGUACGAACAUUGGCUCUCGGAACCGGAAGUCCUUUCGAAAUUCGCGACACAUUACAAGACCGGCGAGAAAAUGCCGACGGACCUGCUGGACAAACUGCUUGCUGCCGCGAAUUUCAACCAGGGUUUCGCAACUGUCGAAUACACGGCAUCCGCGUUGAUCGAUCUGGAACUGCAUCUUCUGGAUUCGCCGGACGAGAUUGACAUCGCUGCUUACGAAAAAGCGGAACUCGGCAAGAUCGGAAUGCCCGAUGCGAUCACGAUGCGUCACCGGAUUCCCCAUUUUCAACAUGUCUUUUCCGGAGAUGGUUAUUCAGCCGGGUACUACAGUUACAUGUGGUCGGAGGUGAUGGAUGCCGAUGCGUUUGGCGCUUUCAAGGAGGCUGGAGACAUUUUUGAUAAAGAGACGGCGGACCGUUUGCUGACGCAUAUAUACUCCGCCGGAGGGCGUCCGGAUCCUGAAGAAACCUACAAGGCCUUCAGAGGGCGCGCGCCGAAAAUCGACGCCCUCUUGAAAAAACGCGGAUUUGCGGCCUGA